AAACGAUACCACGGCUAAACUGAUUCAUAGAGGGAUAUGAUGUGAUCGUAAAGCAAUAGACGAGGUGAACCAUUCUCGAGGUAAUCAACAGACAUCAGGUCUUGGACCCAGGGCUGGGACCAAUUACUACAAGACGUCUGAGCCAGGCUUUCAGAGAGGGCAGGUCGUACCAAGCCCUACUGAGUCGGCUAGGAUACAGCCCUUGAGAUAAGGCUUGAACUUCAUUUCAAAAUGGCUGCCAGAGUUUCAAAGAGGCGGAACGACGCAUGGCUCUCAUUCUGCACCCAUUCUUUGUUCUGCUGCGCAGCAUACCACAUGCUACUUCGCGGUCUUCCUGUUGGAAUUCGGUGUUAUUGAACCAGUUCUUUUGUGCCUCGAAGCCCCAGGAACGUGGCUCGUACCACACAUCUGGCCUGAGCUCGAGCAGACACAAAUGCAAGCCAUUCGCAUGUCCCUUGUGGAGGGAUAUUAUGGUAAACCCCAUUGUUCGUCAUCCGACGCUAACAUACUCAAAUACCACAAAGCAAGCAAAAUUGUAUGACGCGGCUCUCCCUCGCUUCCCUUUGAAGUCCAUGGAAUAGCAUCAGAAAAUUCUAAAUUUCGGCGGUCAAGAUGGCGGAUGGAUCUGUUACGCUCAGUUGUGUUCAGCUUUAAGAUGCAAAUAGUAUAGUUUGACUCCAAUGAUUCUGUGAUAGAUAGCAGUAAGACAAGAUGAUUUUAUACUGGGUCGCAAUCAUUGUAUCGCACACGGUUGGGUUAGGGUUGUUAAGACGGUAGUAAUGAACCGAAUCGUCCAGUGACAAAUCUAGCCCUAAGGUACAAGACCACUGGUCGCAAGUAUAUCUCCCUUAACACUAUUAAAUAAUUCCUGGGCAGUGACGUAGUUGCCAGUGCAGCUGAAUUCAUGAAUUAAUGCUCCAUUGUGUGGUCGACCGCCCAGUCAAGAUCUCGGACGGCGUCGAGGACGCGUACUGCUGUGCAUGUCUCCGUCGAUAGACGGAUCGGGUGGUACUUUCGACCCAUAUCUCGAAGUACCGAAGACCGGUCGGCGUUCCAUUCUUCGUCAGUAU